GUGCAAAACUUCAUGAUAGGAAACUUGUCCAAGAUGUAUGGGCAAAACGCUGCAACAGUUUCUCUUAACCGAUUCAUUAAACGAACUGUCAACCGGUUCAUGGAGACAUAUAUCUGUUAUAUUCAACAAACUCUUCUCUCUUUGUUCAGACAUCCUCUGAAGUUCACCGUUGAGGGAGAUGAUGAAAUCAAGCUUUUCCCUGAGGAGGAUGAGCUAAUAAACAUCCUCAACAUAAAGAGGGGAAUCAUCUCUGCUCUUGCUGUCCCUGUGCUUGAGGAGGACAGGAACAAAGAGAUGCCCACCAUCUACGGCCUGUGUAAGACUGACUACGUCGUGAAAACCAGAGAAGACAUCGACACUGAAGUCGCCCUAAACAGAGACCUGUCCAAAUGUGACAAGUUCAGACCAAUCAAGGACCACACCAGUCCCUUGGCCCUCAUCACUGGCUUGGUGAAUUCUGAGACUUAGGUUUAAGUUUUGUGUAAAAUUCCAGUUGAGACGAGUGGAGUGAGAUCUCCAAUGUUUUUCUUUUUCUCUUCCAAA